AUGGCUGAGCUCAAAGAACUACCGCGCAUUCGUGCGUGUCUCUUCGACAUGGACGGCUUGUUGAUCGACUCGGAGGACAAAUAUUCUCAGAUCACAAACGAAGUUCUUGCCAUGUACGGCAAGCCAAUGCUUCCCUGGUCGAUCAAAGCACAGCUGCAAGGUCGCCCGCAGCCCGAGGCCAGUAAGAUUUUCCACGAUUGGGCUCAGCUUCCUAUCACCCCGGAGGAAAUGCAAGCCAAGCAAGCAUCUAUGCAAGCAAAGUACUUCCCACAGUCCAAGCCGCUGCCAGGAGUUCCCACUCUUCUGUCCAAGCUUGUGUCAACCCAAUCCACGGACCAGCCGGUGCACAUUGCUCUGGCGACUUCUUCGAACAGCAAGAACUUCAAGCUGAAGUCGGACCACCUUCCAGAACUCUUUGCAGCAUUCCCUGAAGUUCACCGUGUGCUGGGUGACGACCCCCGCAUUGGCAAGGGGAGAGGCAAGCCGCUCCCUGAUAUCUACCUGCUGGCAUUGGAGACUAUCAAUGAGAGCCUGCGCAGCAAGGGCGAGCCUGAGAUUAAACCGGAAGAGUGUCUGGUUUUUGAAGAUGCAGUGCCUGGCGUGGAGGCAGGUCGUCGUGCCGGCAUGCAGGUGGUCUGGUGCCCGCACCCGGGUCUUCUGGAAACAUAUAAAGGCCGAGAGGAGGAAGUUCUUGCAGGUCUAACAGGAUCGCAUAAGGAGGAAGAAAAGAGUGCGGCUGAAAAAGAAGCUGAAGAGCUACAGGCAUGGCGUGUGAAUGGAUCUGGAACCACUGGAAAACUUGGUGAUGGUUGGGGGCAGCUAGUUGCUACCCUAGAAGACUUUCCUUAUGAGCGGUAUGGGAUCCAGAUACCUCUUUGA